AUGCUGUCUUCUAAGGAGCUUAGAAUCAUCGCGCUGCUCGUGAUUGACACGCUCUUUUUUUUCCUGGAAAUUGUGGUUGGUUAUGCGGUAAACUCGCUGGCUUUGAUUGCGGAUUCUUUCCAUAUGCUGAACGACAUUUUCUCGCUAUUGGUGGCUUUUUGGGCCGUUGGAGUGGCCAAGAACAAGAGUGCAGACUCCACGUAUACUUACGGGUGGAAAAGAGCCGAAAUUUUGGGUGCUUUGAUCAAUGCCGUAUUCUUGAUCGCUCUGUGCGUUUCGAUUCUUAUCGAAGCCAUCCAGCGGUUUUUCCAGCCUCAGGUUAUCGAGAACCCCAAAUUGGUGCUCACUGUGGGUUUUGCCGGUUUGAUGUCGAACAUCGUGGGUCUUUUCCUAUUCCACGAACACGGCCACUCUCACGGCCAUGGACACGGUCAUGGCCACUCGCACGGACUUUCUCAGGACGACGAUUUUGAAGCAGGCAGUGGCAGUUUGCAAGGCGACUUGUCCAGGGACGACUCGUCGCGUGACAUCAACGACAUGCUUCCUUCCACCGUGGUUCAUACUUACACCGCAGAAACGACUUGUCUGCUUGGUAACAAGAACGACCAUGCCCAUUCCCACGACCACGAUCACGACAACCUCGACAACAACAACAACAACAACAACAACAACAACAGAAAACAACCUGUCAAGGCUCAGAAAUCUCUCAACAUGCAAGGAGUCUUCUUGCACGUUCUCGGAGAUGCUUUGGGUAACGUCGGAGUUAUGGCCACGGCUUUGUUUAUCUGGAAAACGGACUACUCUUGGCGUUUCUACACUGAUCCAGCCGUAUCGCUCGUGAUCACCGUCAUCAUAUUUUCCUCUGCUAUGCCCUUGGCCAACAAAGCCUCUCGCAUUCUCUUGCAAGCUACACCACCAUCCAUCUCUGCCGAUGACGUGCAAAACGAAAUUCUCCAAGUGCCUGGUGUUGUGUCUGUUCACGAUUUCCACAUCUGGAACUUGACAGAGGCUGUCUCUGUGGGCUCUGUUCAUAUCGAAAUCGACGCCAACCCCGUGCGCUUCACUGAGGUUGCCAAAACGGUGAGGUCUAUUUUCCAUCGCCACAACGUUCACUCCGCUACCGUUCAACCUGAAUUUCGUAACGUGCACGCCAGUGAAAGCACAUUUGGGAAUUCUACCUCUCUGGGAGCCCAAGGUCAAAUUGCGGACGGUGCGACCUACGGAAGCAUCAGAGGUUAA